AAAUAAAUUAAUUUAAGAGUGUUGGUGCACGCCAUCUGUGGAGGGCGGUGUGAACUACCUGGUCGAUGGGAGGUUCCUGCUGUCACCUACACUCACUAACACUACGUCAGGAUUUCUACAAUUUUCUUUCCUGGAGACCUGCUGUGCUCUUUAGGAUUUAAGCAGAUAAACCUUCAUAAUGACGGACUCAAAGUAUUUUACAACAACCAAAAAAGGUGAAAUCUUCGAACUGAAGUCCGAGUUAAACAGCGAUAAGAAGGAAAAGAAGAAGGAAGCUGUAAAGAAAGUCAUUGCAUCAAUGACUGUUGGCAAGGACGUAUCAGCAUUGUUUCCUGAUGUGGUUAAUUGCAUGCAGACAGAUAAUCUAGAGUUAAAGAAGCUUGUUUAUCUGUAUCUCAUGAACUAUGCAAAGUCCCAGCCUGACAUGGCAAUUAUGGCUGUAAACACAUUUGUUAAGGAUUGUGAGGAUCCAAAUCCUCUGAUUAGAGCUCUGGCUGUGCGUACAAUGGGAUGCAUACGUGUUGACAAGAUCACUGAAUAUCUCUGUGAACCCUUACGAAAGUGCCUGAAAGAUGAAGACCCUUAUGUACGGAAAACUGCAGCCAUCUGUGUUGCAAAACUGCAUGAUAUUAAUGCUUCCAUGGUAGAAGACCAAGGUUUUCUUGAUCAGUUGAAGGAGCUUCUCUCUGAUUCCAAUCCAAUGGUUGUAGCUAAUGCGGUAGCAUCCCUUACUGAAAUCAAUGAAGCCAGCAGCUCAGGCCAGCCUCUAAUGGAACUCAAUGCUGCAACAAUGAACAAACUCCUCACCGCCCUCAAUGAAUGUACUGAAUGGGGUCAGGUGUUCAUCUUGGAUGCACUCUCUCAGUAUAGUCCCAAAGAUGAGAGAGAGGCACAAAGUAUCUGUGAGCGCAUCACACCACGUCUAGCUCAUGCAAAUGCAGCUGUGGUUCUCUCUGCUGUUAAAUGCCUUAUGAAAUUCAUGGAGCUAAUGGUCAGUGACUCAGAAUUUGUUAAAAAUCUGACCAAAAAACUGGCUCCACCCUUAGUUACUCUGCUGUCAUCUGAACCAGAGGUUCAGUAUGUUGCUCUUAGAAAUAUCAACCUGAUUGUUCAAAAGCGGCCAGAUCUUCUGAAACACGAGAUGAAAGUGUUCUUUGUCAAGUAUAAUGAUCCUAUUUAUGUAAAGCUGGAGAAGCUGGACAUCAUGAUUCGUCUGGCAUCAGAAGCCAACAUUGUGCAAGUUUUGUCUGAACUGAAGGAGUAUGCCACAGAAGUGGACGUUGACUUUGUGCGAAAAGCUGUGAGAGCAAUCGGGCGCUGUGCCAUCAAGGUUGAGACAUCAGCAGAGAGGUGUGUUUCUACACUUCUUGAUCUUAUUCAAACCAAGGUGAAUUAUGUGGUACAGGAAGCCAUUGUAGUAAUCAAAGAUAUCUUCCGCAAGUAUCCCAACAAAUAUGAGAGUAUCAUUUCUACUCUUUGUGAAAACCUCGACACACUUGACGAACCUGAAGCAAGGGCAUCAAUGAUUUGGAUCAUUGGGGAAUAUGCUGAACGAAUUGAUAAUGCAGAUGAACUACUAGAGAGUUUUUUGGAAGGCUUCCAUGAUGAGAAUACACAGGUGCAAUUACAACUUCUCACUGCAAUUGUCAAGCUCUUUCUCAAGCGACCAACUGACACACAGGAAUUAGUUCAGCAGGUGUUGAGUUUGGCAACACAGGAUUCUGACAACCCCGAUCUCCGAGAUCGAGGUUUUAUUUACUGGAGACUUCUUUCUACUGAUCCUGGUGCUGCUAAAGAGGUUGUCCUUGCAGAGAAACCACUCAUUGCUGAGGAAACUGAUCUAAUUGAACCCACACUAUUAGAUGAGUUGAUCUGUCACAUUGCUUCUCUUGCAUCAGUUUACCAUAAACCUCCCUCUGCUUUUGUGGAGGGGCGCACAGGUCUUCGUAGGGCACUUCCUAAGUCAUCUGGUGGAAGUGACAAUGAUUCUGCUGGAGACCAGCAGCAGCAGCAACAACAACCAACUGUCAUCCCAAACCAAGACUCCCUGAUUCCAGACCUUCUGAACAUGGACAUCAAUGCUCCUCCAGUUGUUCCAACAGCACAAUCGGCUUUCUCUGGAGGUACCCUGGACCUCCUGGGUGGAGGGCUUGACUCCUUGUUGGGGGGUAGUGGAGCUGAGGUAGGAAGUUCUCCAGCUCCAGGAAUUCCUCCAGUAGCUCCCUCAUCUACUGCAGGCCUUCUAGGUGACAUCUUUGGUAUCACAUCGUCAUCUGCACCAGUCUACUCUCCACCUAAGCAAAUCUGGCUUCCAGCAAAUCGUGGGAAAGGAAUGGAGAUUACAGGCACAUUCUCUCGCAAAAAUGGAGUAAUAUCAAUGGAUUUGACUUUACACAACAAGGCUAUGCAACCCAUAACAGGCUUUGCUAUCCAGCUUAAUAAGAACAGUUUUGGUAUUACACCAGCUGCACCACUCAAUGUUCCUGCUCCUUUAGCCCCUAAUCAGUCAAUAGAUGUUAGCCUUAUUCUCAGUACAAGUGGCCCUGUCCAGCGCAUGGAUCCUCUCACAAACUUACAGGUAGCCAUAAAAAACAGUGUGGAUGUAUUCUACUUUGCAACAGUCAUGCCAAUGCACAUUUUCUUCUGUGAGGAUGGUGCGAUGGACAAGCGUGUAUUCCUGUCUACAUGGAAAGACAUUCCAAGCCAAAAUGAAGUUCAGUUUAAUAUUGAAAAUAUAAACAUGAAUGCUGACGGCUUAUCAACUACGGAUGGAAUCUCUAACAAGUUGCAAAGUUCAAAUAUUUUCACAAUUGCCAAGCGCAACGUUGAAGGUCAAGACAUGUUAUACCAAUCCAUCAAGUUAACCAAUGGUAUUUGGGUUCUUACUGAACUUAAAGUACAGCCUGGCAAUACUACCAUUGUGCACGACUCCGUCAACUUGACUGCCAGCUUCAAAUGUAAACAAAAUGCUAGUGCAUUUGAUGAUUUAUCGCUGAAGUCGAGGGCAACAGAUGUAGCUCAGGGGAUCUUUGAAGCAUUUGAUGGCAUCCUUCAUUUCUAAUUUAAGUUACGUAUUUCUUGUGUUCAUUGGGCUAUGAAUGUCUUCAUAGUUUAAUAAAAUAUGUAUUUAAUAAUUUGGUGCAGACAUUGGCAGUUGAUAGUUACAGUGGAUUCAGUUCUGCAUUUAUCUUAAUAUACAGAAUUUAUAUUAUAUCUUUGUCAUUAAUUAAAGGCCUUAGUCAUUGCUAUUUGGUUUUUUAACUGAUAGCCAUUUAGAACAAAAGUAAGAGAUAUUGAGAAAUAUUGUGAUAUGUAUUGAGUGGUUAUCAUUUAGUCAUUCCAUUUUAUCUUUAUUCUUGAAAUUGGUGUACUGUAGUUUUAAGAAAUGUAAAAAAGAUUAUAAUACAGUAAUCUAAUAAACAUUGAAACAUC